AUGUCUGUAAUGUACUCUGACACGGAUGUCUAUGACGUCAUUACUGUUUUAGGGAAAGGGACAUUUGGAGAAGUGGCAAAAUGUUGGAAGAGGGGCUCCAGCCACUUUGUGGCCAUAAAGAUCAUCAGGAACUACACCUUCCGGAAAGGAGUCAUCAAGUGCGAGUUAAAAAUGCUGCGAAUGUUGGGAACUGUCAAUUCGGACAAGUUCCACAUUGUUCGUUUUUUUGAGUCCUUUAACGAUGACACCAAGUUGUGCCUGGUGUUCGAACUCCUGGAGCAGAGCUUAUAUGAGUAUCAGAGGGACAACAAUUUUGUCCCUCUGCCAACCAAGCACAUUCGGUCGAUCACCAAACAGGUUCUAAUUGCUCUGCAGAAACUGAAGGAGCUCUCUAUAGUCCACACAGACAUCAAACCUGAAAAUAUCAUGCUUGUUGAACAGGCUCAAUUUCCUUUCAAAGUCAAGGUAAUUGAUUUUGGUUCAGCCUGCAUAUUGUCUGAAAUUCAGCAAAUUAAAGGACCAUACAUUCAGUCGAGAUUUUACCGAUCCCCUGAGAUCUUGCUGGGAUUACCAUUCUGUGAAAAGUUGGACAUGUGGUCCCUUGGCUGUGUUAUUGCAGAGCUUCACCUGGGCUGGCCCAUCUACCCUGGCACCAAUGAGUAUGACCAGAUCAGGUAUAUUGUUGAUACCCAGGGGCUCCCGAGUGACCACCUGUUGGAAGUCGCUAGCAAAACCCACCAUUUCUUCAAAAAAGCUCGUCAAAUGAAUUCCACCUACCAAUGGACCCUGAAAACAGUGGACGAAUAUCAAGCAGAGACCAUGGUACAAUCACUGGAGACCAGAACAAGAAGCAUCCAUUCACUUGACCAGCUUGCAACCAUCAACCAGAGCAAAACCGUGUUCCCAGACAAGGAGCUCAAAGCUGAAUUAUUUGAUCUGAUGACCAUGGUGUCACUCAUAAAGAAGAUUCUCACCUACGACCCCGGGCAGCGCCCUGCCCCGAAUGUCGCCUUAAAGCAUCCUUUUAUCACCAUGAAAAAGCUCAAAUCCAAAUACAAACAUACCAAGUAUUACCAAGCGUCAAGACAAGCUCUCUGUGCAGCUCUCCGCUACGAAGAAUGUCCAAAUGAAAAGGAGGCUCUGUGCUGUCAUCGACUCAAACAGAGUUGUCACUUCAAUAGUGAGUCAUACCCUCAGGGCCAUAGGCAUCAAGAGCCUCAAGGCGCCAAUCAGCAGGUAGAUACUGAUGAUUUGGAUGGCACAACUACCGAUGAUUUCGAGAAACAGCAACUUCUCCUGCUCAGUAUGGCCUCUGUUCAAUCUCCCCGUCAGGCUGUAUUUCAAAGAGAAUGCCUCCCAGCAGACCCUCGUGUGGGAUCAGCUGGUCCCUGCAGACCCUCGUGUGGGAUCAGCUGGUCCCUGCAGACCCUCGUGUGGGAUCAGCUGGUCCCUGCAGACCCUCGUGUGGGAUCAGCUGGUCCCUGCAGGCCCUCGUGUGGGAUCAGCUGGUCCCUGCAGACUCUCGUGUGGGAUCUGCUGGUCCCUGCAGACCCUCGUGUGGGAUCAGCUGGUCUCUGCAGACCCAUGUGUGGGAUCAGCUGGGCUCUGCAGACCCUCGUGUGGGAUCAGCUGGGCUCUGCAGACCCUCGUGUGGGAUCUGCUGGUCCCAGCAGACCCUCGUGUGGGAUCAGCUGGUCCCUGCAGACCCCUGUGUGGGAUCUAUUGUUCCCUGCAGACCCUCGUAUGGGAUCUGCUGGUCCCAGCAGACCCUCGUGUGGGAUCAGCUGGUCCCUGCAGACCCCUGUGUGGGAUCAGCUGGGCCCUGCAGACCCCUGUGUGGGAUCUAUUGGUCCCUGCAGACCCUCGUGUGGGAUCUGCUGGUCCCAGCAGACCCUCGUGUGGGAUCAGCUGGUCCCUGCAGACCCUCGUGUGGGAUCUGUUGGUCGCUGCCGACCCUCGUGUGGGGUCAGCUGGUCCCUGCAGACCCUCGUGUGGGAUCAGCUGGUCCCUGCAGACCCCUGUGUGGGAUCAGCUGGUCGCUGCAGACCCUCGUGUGGGGUCAGCUGGUCCCUGCAAACCCUCGUGUGGGAUCAGCUGGUCUCUGCAGACCCUCGUGUGGGAUCAGCUGGUCCCUGCAGACCCUCAUGUGGGAUCAGCUGGUCCCUGCAGACCCUCAUGUGGGAUCAGCUGGUCCCUGCAGACCCCUGUGUGGGGACAGCUAGUCCCUGCAGACCCUCGUGUGGGAUCAGCUGGUUCCUGCAAUAG